AUGUUUUCCCUAAGGACAGCGCAGCCCACGCAAUCUUUCCUCCGUCGCGCUGCGGUGACAGCUCCCUCCGUCCGCUCCUCCCUGGCAGCAAGAUCAUUUGCUAGCGUUCAGUCGGACAUCUUCAAGCCGACUAAGUAUGGUGGCAAAUACACUGUGACGCUUAUUCCAGGUGAUGGAAUCGGUGCUGAAGUUGCUGAAUCGGUCAAGACCAUUUUUAAAGCCGAUAAUGUGCCCAUUGAGUGGGAGCAGGUAGAUGUCAGUGGUGUUGAUGCGGGUAACAAGCAUUCGGAAGAACUUUUCAAGGAAUCUAUCGCGUCCCUUCGCCGCAACAAGCUGGGUCUCAAGGGUAUCCUCUUCACUCCGGUUGAGCGCUCGGGCCACCAAUCAUUCAACGUUGCUCUCCGACAGGAGCUUGAUAUCUUUGCCUCGAUUGUUCUGAUUAAAAAUAUCCCGGGCUACAAGACACGCCAUGAGAAUGUCGACCUUUGCAUCAUCCGUGAGAAUACUGAGGGAGAAUACUCUGGCCUUGAACAUCAGUCUGUCCAAGGUGUCGUCGAGUCGCUGAAAAUCAUCACUCGUGCCAAAUCUGAGCGUAUCUCUAAAUUUGCUUUUGGCUUUGCCCUGGCAAAUAACAGGAAGAAGGUUACCUGCAUUCACAAGGCGAACAUCAUGAAAUUGGCCGACGGUCUGUUCCGUAGCACUUUCCACAAGGUUGCCGAAAAUUAUCCGACUCUGGAGGUCAACGAUAUGAUCGUUGACAAUGCCUCUAUGCAGGCCGUGUCCCGGCCCCAGCAGUUCGACGUCAUGGUCAUGCCCAAUCUGUACGGCGGGAUCCUUUCCAAUGUCGGGGCAGCCCUUGUUGGUGGACCAGGCGUUGUCCCUGGCUGCAACAUGGGUCGCGACGUUGCUGUGUUUGAACCCGGCUGCCGUCACGUCGGGCUUGAUAUCAAGGGCAAGGACCAGGCGAAUCCCAGUGCUAUGAUCCUCUCUGGGUCUAUGCUCCUGCGUCAUCUCGGCUUGGAUGACCACGCAAAUAGAAUUUCCAAGGCUGUGUACGAUGUCAUCGGUGAAGGUAAAACGAGAACCCGUGACAUGGGUGGACAGGCCACCACCCAUGAGUUCACCAGGGCCGUUCUGGACAAGAUGGAGGCUGCCCUGUAA